AUGGAGGAGCGCACAAUCCAGGGGCCUGAGAGGAGUUCAUUGCUUCGGAAAUGGUACGACUUAAUGAUACAAAAUAAGGAUGACCUUGCCAAGAUAAUUACAGCUGAAAGUGGCAAGCCACUGAAGGAGGCACAGGGAGAAAUUCUCUAUUCCGCCUCUUUCCUGGAGUGGUUUUCAGAGGAAGCCCGCCACAUUUAUGGAGACAUUAUCUAUCCUCCAGCAAAAGAGAGGAGGGCGCUGGUCCUCAAGCAGCCCCUGGGUGUGGCUGCCAUCAUCACCCCGUGGAAUUUUCCCAGUGCCAUGAUCACGCGGAAGGUGGGGGCCGCCCUGGCCGCUGGCUGCACUGUGGUGGUGAAACCUGCUGAGGAUACGCCCUUCUCCGCCUUGGCCCUUGCAGAGCUUGCCAACCAGGCUGGCAUUCCUCCGGGCGUAUACAAUGUUGUUCCCUGCUCUCAGAAGAAGGCCAAGGAGGUAGGGGAAGUGCUGUGCACGGACCCUCUGGUAGCCAAAAUUUCCUUUACUGGCUCUACAGCAACCGGAAAGAUACUGCUGCACCAUGCAGCCAACUCAGUGAAAAGAGUCUCCAUGGAACUGGGCGGCCAUGCCCCAUUCAUUGUCUUUGACAGUGCCAGUGUGGACCAGGCAGUAGCAGGGGCCAUGGUGUCUAAAUUUCGGAACUCUGGGCAGACCUGUGUUUGCUCAAAUCGUUUCUUGGUGCAAAAAGGUAUCCAUGAUUCCUUCGUGAAAAAAUUUGCUGAAGCAAUUAAAACAAACCUGCAUGUUGGUAAUGGAUUUGAAGAAAAAACUACUCAAGGUCCAUUAAUUAAUAAAAAAGCAGUAGAAAAGGUAGAGAAACACGUGAGUGAUGCCGUUUCCAAGGGAGCCACCAUCGUGACAGGUGGGAAACCACACCAGCUUGGACAGAACUUCUUCGAGCCCACCCUGCUCAGCAACGUCUCCCAGGACAUGCUUUGUGCUCAUGAAGAGACUUUUGGGCCCCUGGCACCAGUUAUCAAGUUCGACACAGAGGAGGAGGCGGUGGCCAUUGCAAAUGCGACUGACGUUGGGUUGGCAGGUUACUUUUACUCCCAAGACCCAGCCCAGAUCUGGAGAGUGGCAGAGAAGCUGGAGGUGGGCAUGGUGGGUGUGAACGAAGGCUUGAUCUCCUCCGUGGAGUGCCCAUUUGGAGGGGUGAAGCAGUCUGGCCUGGGGCGAGAGGGAUCCAAGUAUGGCAUCGAUGAGUACCUGGAGGUCAAGUAUGUGUGCUUUGGAGGCUUGUAGGAUUCUUCUGAUCCUUUCAAAAUAAAAAAGGGAGCUUACCGACAUCGAUGGGGACAUGCCAUCCAUUCCUUUAUAAAUAAAUUUAUAGAUAAUGUGAAUUAAGACUAUUUUAUAGCUCAUCCCGUCCUCAUAAUCUUAAGCACAUGCCAAUCCUAUGCCUCCCUUUAUCUAACUAGGGACCAACCCAUGUCAUGGGCCUGUGGCUGCAGACUCCCCAAGAACCAGCAUCCAUUUAGAGAAUGAAGCCCUGAGCCCCCCGAUUCCUGUCUGCCGCAGAGCAAGUGUGGUGUGAGGCAGGUGGCCCUAUGGCCUCAUCACAAAGGCGGGGUCACUGUUGGGCAAUGGCAGCCAUCUGCCAGGUGGCUCCAAGCUUAGACCAUGCAGGCUAUUAAGGGGUCCUGGCCCCACCCCCACUGCCGACUCAGCAUUGGAGGCCCUUGCUCUGUAUCUGGGGUGUUGCUGUGGGGGUUGAAUUUUUAAGAUAGCUGAAGUGGCACAGACUCGCUGGGCCUCUAUGUAGAAUGAGAGCGCCCCUAUUCCCUUUUCCACGCCAGUUUUUUCAUUGAGAUCUUCUUUGUCCUAAAUUCACUGCCUGAAGAUUACAUGGUCUUUUCUGUCCUGUUUUCCAUUGCACUUUGUGUCGUUUGGGGAAGGAGCCUGAGGGUAAAGCGGAAAACUUGAGAGGCAGGCACUGAGCAGGAAGCACAAGGUGGUAGCUUUGUGCUUCAGACAUACUGUUCAGCACCCACCUCCCCUCCCUCAAGAGUAGAGGGUCAAGGUCUGCCUUACUUAUUCGAUGGGCUCUUGUGAGCCCAAGAGAAAGAAAAGGUAUUUGCAAAAAAAAAA